GCGCUUUGAGCGCAUUCGUUACUCGGCCGUAAACCGGCCUUUAGACCACUCACACAAUGGCGUUCGCUCUGCGCUCGCCUGGCGCCGUGCGCGCGCCUGCCUGCGCCCAGCGCGCGUCCGGUGUGCGUGCGGCCAAGCCUGGUUUCCUGCGGUCUGCGGCUGUUGCUCGCCCCCAGGUGCAGACCAACGCCGCGGCUCUGUCCGUGCCGGUCAACCAGCUGACUGAUGAGGAGCGCGCCAACCUGGCCCGCGAGCUGGGCUACAAGUCCAUCGGCCGUGAGCUGCCCGACAACGUCUCGCUCACCGACAUUAUCAAGAGCAUGCCCGCUGAGGUGUUCAAGCUGGACCACGGCAAGGCUUGGCGCGCGUGCCUGACCACCAUCGCUGCGUGCUCGGCCUGCUGGUACCUCAUCUCUAUCAGCCCCUGGUACCUGCUGCCCGCUGCUUGGGCCCUGGCCGGCACCGCCUUCACCGGCUGCUUCGUGAUUGGCCACGACUGCGGCCACCGCUCUUUCCACGAGAACAACCUGAUCGAGGACAUUGUGGGCCACAUCUUCUUCGCGCCCCUGAUCUACCCCUUCGAGCCCUGGCGGAUCAAGCACAACCACCACCACGCCCACACCAACAAGCUGGUGGAGGACACUGCCUGGCACCCCGUGACUGAGGCGGACAUGGCCAAGUGGGACUCCACCUCGGCCAUGCUGUACAAGGUGUUCCUGGGCACCCCCCUGAAGCUGUGGGCCUCGGUGGGCCACUGGCUGGUGUGGCACUUCGACCUCAACAAGUACACGCCCAAGCAGCGCACUCGCGUUGUCAUCUCGCUGGCUGUUGUGUACGGCUUCAUGGCGACGGCCUUCCCGGCGCUGCUGUACUUCGGCGGCCCUUGGGCCUUCGUGAAGUACUGGCUGAUGCCGUGGCUGGGCUACCACUUCUGGAUGAGCACCUUCACCGUGGUGCACCACACCGCGCCGCACAUCCCCUUCAAGAAGGCGGAGGAGUGGAACGCCGCCAAGGCCCAGCUGUCGGGCACCGUGCACUGCGACUUCCCCAACUGGGUGGAGUUCCUGACGCACGACAUCUCGUGGCACGUGCCCCACCACGUGGCCCCCAAGAUCCCAUGGUACAACCUGCGCAAGGCGACCGAGUCGCUGCGCGAGAACUGGGGCCAGUACAUGACCGAGUGCACCUUCAACUGGCGCGUGGUGAAGAACAUCUGCACCGAGUGCCACGUGUACGACGAGAAGGUCAACUACAAGCCCUUUGACUACAAGAAGGAGGAGGCCCUGUUUGCCGUGCAGCGCCGCGUCCUGCCCGACUCCGCCGCCUUCUAAACUAGCUGGCUACAACUGGCUAUCGCGCUAGUGAGCUAAUCGGAGCUGAGCAAGCUUCUCGGAGCCUUGCGAGAGCUUCUGAUGUUGGCUUUAUAGGGCUGGCUAAAACAGCUAGCAGCUAGGUAGUGUGGCUGCGCCGGCCGCUUGCGCGGCCGCGCGAGAGAGGGAGGGGCGUCAGGCAUGUGCUGUGGACCGGGCUGCACGAGAGCAGUGCAGCAGUUGCGCUACUUUGUGUCUUGUAUGAAAAUGGUUUUGAGGAUUGGUUGUGUGCGUGACGGCGCGAGAUGGACGGUUGCGCGGGCGGCUUUGUUCUGUGUGGUGCGUCAGUGCGAGGCAUGCCCUGACAUGAGUAGGUGAGGGGUGCGACGAGCCUGCAGGAAUGCGUGUGUGUCUGUGGAGCAGCGGUGUUCGCGGCAGCUCCGUUGUCGGCAUGCGUUUCCGCUCACCGCCCCCUCGUCCUUCGCAUAAAGUGCUUGGUAUGCCUCGGCUUGCCCACGGGACGCCGACCGUGUGACGGCUCCGCGGCUGUGAAGAAUUUCAUCCGCAUUGCGCACAGCCUCUAACAGUUGGAUCGAUUCUUGUUAUGUACAUGUGGUGUUGGACGUGGAGUGCACAGUCAGAGGCGUGUGUGUUCGUGUGUGCGUGGAGCGUGGCGGAAAGCCAGGAAGGGUGACAAGAGAGAGGACGCAACAGUUACCAGUGUGUGAGCCGGAUGUUGGGGGCGGAAGAGAUUUACUGCUCUCCCCCCGUCACGUGAUAAGUAGUGGUGUUAUGUUGGUUGUCGUGCCCAGAUGAACGUGCAGGCAGCUGUGGAGUUGGCCCUCAAUUUUCCCACCACCCCAUGCAACGUGAAGCGGGCGAGCCACCGGAGGAGCGGGAUACCCUCCCGCGCCUGCCUGAAACGAGUGGUGAAUGUAAAGCAAAUUAUCC